AGCUGACACUCAGAAACCAAUCAGCAGCUGAAAAAGAUAAUACAGGAAGCAGAGCAGCAAGGAAAACUCUAAAAGUAAAGAUGGAGCUGACAAGUAUAUGGAGGUUCAUAACAGUAACAUUGUGUUCAAUAACAUUUCCAGUUACAAACACAAUACACUCCAAGCCCAACUUUGUGCUACUCAUGGCUGAUGAUCUAGGGAUUGGAGAUAUCGGUUGCUUUGGCAAUGACACAAUAAGGACACCUAAUAUUGACAAACUUGCUAAGGAAGGUGUAAAAUUAACGCAGCACAUAGCAGCGGCACCAAUCUGUACUCCAAGUAGAGCUGCUUUCUUGACAGGACGAUAUCCUAUGAGAUCUGGGAUGGAUUUUUCUGGUGCAGGCCGUGCUUUAAUGUGGCUAAGUGCAUCUGGUGGACUUCCUCCCAAUGAAACAACUUUUGCAAAAAUACUACAAGCAAAUGGGUAUUCUACUGGAAUCAUAGGAAAAUGGCACCAAGGUCUGAACUGUGAAACACGUGGUGAUCACUGUCAUCAUCCUCUAAGUCAUGGUUUUAAUUGUUUUUAUGGCAUGCCAUUUACGCUUUUCCGAGAAUGUCAAACAGAAUUCUGUAAAACAUUUUAUGCACAUUUUCCAUCUCACCUUAGCUUAUACAGUCAAGUUAUAGCAAUCCCAGCAGUAACUUUAAUAGCAGUUAAAUAUACUAACCUGGGAAUCAGGCCACUAAAGUUAAUGAUUUGUUGUGUAUUAUUUAGCCUCUUGUAUUUCCUUAGCUGGUAUAUACCUUUAGGAUUUACUCAUUACUGGAACUGCAUAGUCAUGAGAAAUCAUGAAAUAGUACAGCAACCAAUGAAUAUACAAAGGACAACACAUGAAAUAUUGCAAGAAUCGCAUCAAUUCAUUGAAAGAAAUAAGAAUAUUCCUUUUUUGCUUUUUGUGUCUUUCUUACACGUUCACACUCCGCUAGUUUCCACAAAACGAUUUAUGGGAAACAGCAGACAUGGAAUAUAUGGUGACAAUGUGGAGGAAAUGGACUUUAUGGUUGGUUCAAUAGUGGAUGCCAUUGAUAAUAAAGGACUGAAAAACAACACCCUGAUUUACUUUACCUCAGAUCAUGGAGGACACUUGGAGGACACAUAUGUAAACACCCAAGUUGGUGGAUGGAAUGGAAUUUAUAAAGGUGGAAAAGGCAUGGCUGGUUGGGAAGGUGGCAUUCGAGUUCCAGGAAUAAUCCGAUGGACAAAUAUUGUUCGUCCUGACACGAUUAUUGAUGAACCAACAAGUCUAAUGGAUAUUUAUCCCACUGUGGUGCAGCUUGGAGGUGGAGAAUUACCAAAUGACAGGAUAAUAGAUGGUCGGAGUCUAGUCCCGUUACUAAAAAAUCAAGCAACUCACUCAGAACAUGAGUUUUUGUUUCAUUAUUGUGGAAGAAAUUUACAUGCUGUUCGCUGGCACCAAAAAGACAGUGGCACCAUUUGGAAAGCUCAUUAUAUGACACCAAUCUUUUAUCCAGAAGGUGCAGUGGGAUGCUAUGAUACAAUACUUUGUAACUGUGAAGGGGAACACGUUAGGCUUCAUAAUCCUCCGUUGUUAUUUAAACGGUCAGAAGACCCUUCAGAAUCCAAACAACUGCAGCCUUCUGAUACACGUUUUGAGGCAGUGAUUAGUAAGAUUGACCUAGCAGUAGCUGAACAUCGAAAAACCAUUAGUACUGUACCACAACAGUUGUCACUUUCAAAGAACAGGUGGAAGCCAUGGUUACAGCCAUGCUGUGGGACAUUUCCAUUCUGCUGGUGUAACAAAGACAACACUAAUGUCACCUCACUAAUAUGAAAUAAUCCUUAAAGGGACACUCCACUGCCAAAAUACAAAGAAAAAUCAUUCUUGAAUGGA